AUUUACCUUAAAAUCAUAUUGUAAAAUAAUCAGUGUGCUCGCUUAAGAGAAGCACUCUCAUGUAGACCUACUCUUAUUCAUAAUUCACGCUUAUGGUUAUUUGAUGACAUCAUGAUGAACAUUUACUUGAGUUACAUUGAGUUGCCCUCCGGUUUGAAAUAUCCACCAUCUGUACUCACCUUAAUACAACGUUGAUAAAUGGAAUAUCGUUUGAGCUUCUGAAAGCAUUGAAAAAUUACACCGGACACAAAAAACACAUUUUCUAAUGAUAGCUGUUGGCUGCUUGUCUAAAGUUUAACACUAGAACCGCCAACGGGUAAAAUUUACCUGCUGCUGUUUUUCGAUUGUAUGUAACUUUGUUUCUAUACAAUAUUCAAGCCCCCGAGUCUUUGACUUUUUGUGAGCGCAGUCAUUUUCGUCGUAUAAAUUUCUCGCGUUUAGAUGAACAUUGGCGCCUUUUGUCUACUUCCGUGCGUGACAGAGCUGUGUCAAGUCACAGGCUCAGCUUCAAUCUGGAUAAGAGAAAGAGAGUUAUGAAUGCAGAACAGGCAUCGGGCCUGCUCUAUGCACUGAGGGAAGCAGAGGCUUCAGGGCUGAGGCUGUGUCCUGGGUUGAUCGACGGGUCAUCAUCUGACAGCGAUCCAGAGCCUUCGUGAAAAUUACUCUGAGGCAAAGAAAUGAAUAUCUUCACACAGAUAGAAGUGACUGCCCCAACAGAAACGCAUCCUAUAAUACAGUCUAUAAUUAACAACAACCUCAAGAAGCUCCAAAAAUUACUGAGGAACAACAACAACAUUAAUGCACAUUACCCCUGCAAAGAGUUGGCUGACUAUAUAACCCCACUGAUUGCUGCUGUUGUAAAUCACAAUAGGGAUAUUUGUACUUACCUACUGAAACAGAGUGCAGACCCAAACAGUCCUUCCCAACGUGGUUUGACGCCUUUGCAUUAUGUCUCACUAUCCAAAGCACCAGUUAUUUUUGUGGAGAAACUGCUUGAAGCGAAAGCUAAUCCAGAUGGAUGGAGUUCCAUUGGACUACAACAGCGAUUCACGCCGCUGCAAACUGCUGCCAUCAAUGACAGGGAUGAUGUCUUGAAAGUGCUAAUGUCUGCUGGCGCACAGGUCACAUUGUUACCUAUCACUAAUCCUGAACAUAUUACUCACAAUGAAACAAUAUCUCAGAUGAUUCAUAAGCUUGCAACGAAAGGAGAUGAAUUAUGCUCCAAAAUCAGAUAUUUCCUGGAUAUGGAAAUUGCUGUGAAAGGGAAAACACCUGAAGAAGUGUUCAAAACCUUUAACAGUCACAUGCUGCUGGAGCAUCCUCAGACCCAUCUGACCAUGAUUGAAACACUUUUUAAUGUAACUGGACCAGAUGCAGAAAGAUACCGCCAGGGAAGCAUCAAAUGGCUGAAGGAUACUGAAAAUCUGAACUCCUACAUUGCAGGUGCAGUCAGUCGCUUUCCAAACAGCCCCCAGAAACAUGUACAAUUGGCAAUUAUUAGUUUACAUGCAGUUUUGUGUACUGUAGAAGAGAUACCAAAUGAGCAAUCACAAGCUAUAAUCCCCCAACUACUGAAACAGCUUUCUUUAAAAAAUACACCUGAUAUGUGGCAAGUUCUUCUGCAAACACUGUACAUGAUAACACAGAAAACCAAAGGCACAAAUGGCUGGGAUCCCAACUUUAUUGAGAAGUUAUGCAAAACUGUUGCUCCUUUUUUGAAGGACCAAUACUCCUCUGACAUUAGAGUCUUCACAUACGGCAUAUUUGGAAACUUGCUUUCAGUUGAACAUGCUGUUAACAUCUUUACAUCAGUGGGGAUAACUUCAGUGCCCGAGGACAUACUGACAUCUGCAGAUAUGAAGAUGCUAAAAGAUCUUAAAGAAGUGCUCAGACGACUGAAAAAUCAUUUCAGCAAACCAAACUCGGAAAGUGAGGUCCCUACAGCCUUACCUCGAUCCAAGAAAAAGAAGAAAAAGAAGAAAAAGAAGAAAAAGGACAAGUCUGAAAAGCGAGAAGAUCCAAAUGAUGAAGUUUGUACUGCUACAACUGAUCUAACAGCAGCUCCUGUUGUAGAGCCAAUGUCAAAUGCUAAGCCAUUCAACACAACUAUUUCAUUAAUAGCAGACAAAUGGCUACAAAUCAGCAAGAGGUGGAGAGAAAAGUUAGAGAAGCUUGUUCGCACUGAUGAAAGUAAUGUAACCAGGGUUGGGAGCCUGAUUUAUGUGAAUGAUGCAGAAUUCCGCAUAGCGAAGGGAAGUGAUGGUACUGAAGUCUUCUUGGGGCUGAGAGAUGAUGGCACUGAAGUUGCUAUUAAGAGAAUGUCUAAAUGCAACUAUCAAGUGCUGAAGAAUGAGGAAGGAUUUCUGCGACUUCCAGAGCUUGAUCAUCAAUCUAUUGUACGAUACGUUGACUUCGCAGAGGACGAGAACUUUGGAUACCUUGGUCUUCAACUUUGUGAAUACACACUGGAAGAAUACAUCAGAAAUAAUGAUGGUGAUCCACUGAAACUUGCCAAACAGGUUCUCAAGAGUUUAAAGGUGCUUCAUUGUCAAAAUCCUCCAAUCCUCCACCGGGAUCUCAAACCACAGAAUGUUUUGAUCGAUGUUAAAGGGAAGGCAAGAUUAGCUGAUUUUGGCAUAAGUAGACGGUUACUUAAAGGCCAAACAACUUAUCGCACAGGCAAGGCAGGAACAAAAUGCUGGAUGGCCAAGGAGACUUUAGAAGACGAAGCUGACAUACCAUACAAGUGGAGCACGGAUGUACAGGUGGCAGGGAUGCUGAUUUAUUAUAUCCUCUCUCGAGGACACCAUCCUUUCGGUGACAAAUCCUAUAAAUGUGAGAGCAACAUUGAUGAAGGGAUCUACACUUUGGACCAUGUUCGAGAUGUGGUGGCAAAGGAUCUCAUUGAGUGGAUGAUCGAUAAAGAACCAAAGAACAGACCUAAAGUGGAAGAAUGCUUGAAUCAUCCCUUCUUCUGGACCACUGACAGGAGAGUAGAAUACUUGAAGAAGGUUGGAAACAGGAAGGAGGUGGAAAACUGUCGAAAUGCUGACCAGGAAUUCAUUUCUUCGCUGGAAAAAUGUGCUGGGGAUGGAUCCUUCAAACAGUGGAAAAAUAAGUUUCCUCCAGAGUUGGUCCAGAAGAUGGAGGGCAAGAAGAAGCCCUACCCUGAAAACACGUUGGGAUUACUGCGCUUCAUACGAAACCUCCAUGAGCACUAUCCCGAGGAUGCAGCCGAAAUUGAUCUGAUGUUGAUGUUUCUCGAUCUCUUUGGAUGUGCUUAUACAUUUGCCAAAAGCCAAGGCUGGAAUUUAGAGACACCGCUGAAGGAAAUGUUUACAACAAAAGUGUUUCCAAGAAACAACAUCACCACCAGAGCUAUAAUGCCACUCACAAACUCAGACGAGCAUCUCAACUCGCCUGUUCAAGAAUCUAAACACAUUUCUACAAUGCCAACUUCAAACUGACACCAGGCUCGUUACUGUAGUCAAUUUAGUGGGGUCUUUACUUACAUGUAAAUGAGCCCUGCUGCAACUGAGCUGAUUUGAAUGAACUGCAGCUAAAAUGUCAUAACGGCUGUCUCAGUCCUGUUUUUCCAGUCUGCCUCUCUGUCCAUCCCUUCGGCCACAUUCUUUCUUCCCCCAGGCCCAUGUAUUACUUAGAAGCUCUCCAGACUUGCCAUUCUUCAUCCAUCCACCAGAUGCCCUCAGACUUUCCCAGCAGUCCCAGACACCUCCUACAUCCACCUGCUCACCUUUCCUCAUUCCCCAAUUACUCCCCCACAGUAUUUAUGCCAGCCCAUCUGCAAUUGCUUCUGCCCAGAUUGUCAAUGUUGGUCCUACCUUUCAGAUUUGUUUGAUGAAUCUGCCCCAUUCACAAAGAAUCUUAGAAAGGCUUGGGGAAAAUAUGUUUUGGUAGUAACUUUAAAUGUAUCCAGUCAUGUUCUAUCAAUUCAAAAUAAGGUGAUCCGUCUGUUUAACUGUUGUCAGGUGAAACUAUGCUCAAUAUUUCCAUCAGUGCCUCCUUUAUGUGUUUGGUAUAAGUCUUGUGAGGGGUCGCUAGGUCACACGCUUUGUCCAAAAGUCCAAAAGUUCUGGUGUCACAAUGGUAUUCGGAUGUACAUGAUAUGAUGAGCGGGGCCUCUUUCAGGUCCAGAAAUUGCAAUAUUAAGUUGGUUAAUUAUUGCUAUAUUUCCAUGGCAAGCUUCAAUAACAUGUUAUUUUUUAAUUUAAGGGAAUGGUAUUGCAAAUUUGAAAAACAAAGUAAUAUGCAAGCUUUACUACAUACAGAUUCUCUGUAUUUUUAUCAUUUUUCUUUUUGGUAUAUUGGAUGUUAUUCUCAGAAUAGUUUAAUAAUAAGUUUUAACUUGAGUAUCUAAAUAAAUAUGUAAAAAAAAUA